AUGUUUCUACAAGUUCUCAACAAAACGUUCUUCGAGGCUGGUGGAAUAGGGAGCUUCCAUAGCUUACACCAGUCUUCAAAGGCUAUUAGAGUCUCUGCCUUUUUCAGUUUGGUCAUACUCAUGGAUGAGCAAAAGUGUGCAGAAAUUGCUGAUUUUGGUUUGGCCAAGCUGCUGAUGCCUAACCAAACCAGGACAUACACUGGGAUUCGUGAAACAAAGAGAUAUGUUGCACCUCAAUGGCACAGAAACUUGCCCAUAACUGUAAAAGCAGAUGUCUAUAGCUUUGAGAUUGUGUUGUUGGAGAUCAUAUGUGGUAGAAGGAAUGUGGAUGUUGAUCUUCCAGAGAAGGAAGUGGACGUUCUUGCAAAUUGGGUCUUUGAUUGUUUUCAAGCUGGUGAAUUGGAUAGGCUGGCGAAGGAUGAACAAGUGGCAAUGAACAAGCUAGAGAGAAUGGUUAGGGUGGGACUUUGGUGCAUCCAAGAAGAACCAUCAUUUCGCUCUACAAUCAAGAGGGUGGUACUGAUGUUGGAAGGGACAGUGGAGAUACCAGCAGCCCCUCCUAGUCCUACCCCAUUUUCAAGUGCCAUGUAA